CGAGGAGAAGACACGAUCCAUCCGUUGAAAGUAUCGCUCGAAGACCUCUAUAACGGAAAGACAUCUAAACUGCAAUUAAGUCGAAAUAUCUUUUGCAAAGCAUGCGAUGGUCUGAAGCAUUUGGACGGAAGACAUAUUCUCAUUCGUAGUAAACCCGGAGAAGUGAUAGUUCCCGGCGCCGUCAAAGGUAUCAGAGGCGAAGGAAUGCCUAUUUAUAGGAAUCCGUUUGAAAAGGGCAACCUUUAUAUCAAAUUCAAUGUGGAGUUCCCUGAAAACCAUUUCAUAAAUGAGGCGCAACUCAAACAAUUCGAGGCUAUUCUCCCGCAACGGUUGGACGCCAUGGAGAUCGACCUCAACGACGAACACACCGAAGAAGUAGACCUUCACGACUACGACCCCUCUAAUGAUCGCAGCAAUGGUCGCAGUGAGGCCUACGACAGCGAUGAAGAAGAUGGCCGUCGAGGGCCGGGAGAUAAGUGUAUCCGAGUGAAAGGUAUGUACCAAAUGGGUUGCCAUACACUGGCCAUCGACGCCUCACUGCACCGUCAGAAUCGGCGCCGACUACUGGAUCGUCUGAAAGAGAAAAAUUUGGGAACAAAUGGAGUGAUUGUAUUACAAGGAGGAGAGACACAGAAUAUGUACUGCACUGAUGUGGAGCCGGUCUUCCGUCAAGAGUCAUACUUUCACUGGACUUUUGGCGUGAAAGAGCCCGACUCUUACGGAGCUAUUGAUGUGAAUACCGGGAAAUCCUAUCUUUUUGUGCCACAACUGCCCGAAUCGUAUGCCAUUUGGAUGGGAAAAUUACUCACCACUAAAGACUUCAAAGAGAUCUAUGGUGUCGAUGAAUGCUAUUUCACUCCACAAAUAUGUGAUGUGAUUGCAGGUCUGAAACCAGACCUUCUUCUGACACUUCAAGGAGUGAACAGCGAUUCCCAAAAGAUAACUCGAGAGGCAGUCUUUGAUGGCAUCGGGAAGUUUAAAGUCGAUAAUAAAUUGCUGUAUAAAGAGAUAAGUGAGUGUCGGGUCGUUAAGACGGACGCAGAACUGGAAGUAAUGAGAUAUACGAACAGAAUUAGUAGUGAAGGACACAAAGAAGUGAUGAGACAAAUCAGACCCGGAAUGACUGAAUACCAAUUGGAGUCCAUUUUCAGACACUAUACAUAUUAUAACGGCGGAGCGAGAAAUAUGUCGUACACUUGCAUUUGCGGCUCAGGAGAGAAUGGAGCGACCCUUCACUACGGACACGCCGGCGCUCCUAAUGAUAAAACCGUUAGCGACGGCGAAAUGUGUCUCUUUGAUAUGGGCUGUGAAUACUACUGCUAUUCAUCGGACAUCACGUGUUCGUUCCCCUCAAACGGCAAGUUUACUUCAGACCAGAAAAUAAUCUACGAAUCAGUUCUGAAAGCGAGUCGUGCAGUGAUGUCAGCCGUGAAGCCGGGCGUCUCGUGGCGUGACAUGCAUUUGCUCGCAGAACAGACACAACUCCAGGAUUUACUUCAGACCAGAAAA